AAACAAUUUUGCAUAAUGUUAUUUUAUGGAUCUGGAGUAGGCGAGACAAGUAAUAAUGGAAGCUUUAUUUUGUUGACCUACAACAACUACACACUACGCACACUACUCUACACUGUAGCUACAAAACUUGGACUCUUGUUUAUAUCUUUGAAAAUGUCAACCACGAAGUGGUUCAGCGUUACUACAAGUAUUCGAAAUGCUGUCCACUUGAUAAACGAGUUAGAAGAUGCAAAGAUGGAUCGACUUCUAGUUCGAAUCAUUCAGAAACUCCAUCUUAAGAAUGAGAGUCCGUUUAGUGAAGAAGAAGAAAAAAAGCUACAAGCAGCUUUCAAUAUGAGCGGCAAGCAAAUCAGUAGCGUUUUAGAUACUAUAUCGUACAUUCUAGAACAGAGUGCAUACCAUGUAGCCAAACCGAAUGUGCUGAGUCAGCAGCUGCAAACAUUAGAGUUACAAGAGCAAAAGAUACAAAGGUUUGUGAACAUAUGGAAAGAACAUGGUCAAAGCGUGAUAGAAUUAUUUCGUAAAAGAAGUUUGGCACCAAAACAGCUGGAUACUGUUAACUGGCAACUUCGAUUACAGACAGCUCAAGCGAGUCAAACUAAAGUCACCAUUCCAAGCACUAUUUUCGAACUCGGAUUAAACCGUCCUGACAAUGAGGAGAAAGAAAAGUUACAAUUUGAAUUCACACACGAAGAGUUGUAUAAAUUCUUCCAACAGUUAGAAGAUGUUCAAGCCAGCUUGGAUUCACUAAAUAAAUAAAUAAAUUAUAUAUUACAAGAAUGUAAAUAAAUAAUAUUUUUUUGUUAUAAUAUGUUAAAAUAUUCUUUAUAUAAAAAUAAUGCUGGAUCUUUGCAAGAA